AUGUCGACGACUGCAUCCCCAAACCCCCGUGUCGGCGUGGCAGCCAUCAUCGCCAACGCCCAGGGCCAGAUCGUCAGCGGCAAGCGGCAGGGCAGCCACGGCGCCGGCACGUGGCAGCUGCCGGGCGGCCACCUUGAGUAUGGCGAGUCCUUCUUCGCCUGUGCCGAGCGUGAGGUGCUCGAGGAGACGGGCCUGCGCGUGCGCGGCGUCAAGGUCGCUGCCGUGACCAACGAUAUCUUUGCCGACCAGGGCAAACACUACAUAACCAUUUUCGUAAAGUGCGAGAUGGAGGAUGCGACGGCGCAGCCUGAGGUUUGUUCCAGCUCUCUUCAUCUACCAUCCUUGCAAUGGAGCCUGAGAAGUGCAGUGCUUGGUUUUGGAAGUCGUGGGGAUGACUUGCGUCAUCUGGAAGACGCUGGCGAAAACCUGUUCCUGCCGCUCGUCAACCUCUUCAAGGAGCAUGCUGACAUCGAUCCUCUGCUUUGA